AUGAGUGUGGAAACUGUGGAGUAUGCCUUCCUCAUCAUCUUCACAAUAGAGACGUUCCUGAAGAUCGUUGCCUAUGGUCUCGUCAUGCACCAGAACUCCUACGUGCGCAACGGCUGGAACAUGUUGGACUUUGUCAUCGUCGUCGUGGGCUUGUUCAGCGUGGUGCUGGAGCUGAUCACCAAAGACGCCGACUCCGGCUCCCAGACGGGGGGCAAGCCGGGGGGCUUUGACGUCAAAGCCCUCCGGGCGUUCCGCGUGCUGCGGCCCCUGCGCCUGGUCUCUGGAGUGCCCAGUUUACAGGUGGUUCUAAACUCCAUCAUCAAAGCCAUGGUUCCCCUGCUGCAUAUCGCCCUGCUGGUCCUCUUUGUCAUCAUCAUCUAUGCCAUCAUCGGCCUGGAGCUCUUCAUCGGCAAGAUGCACGCCACCUGCUACCUAGGCCAGGCCCUGGCGGAGGAGGAGCCCACCCCCUGCACGCUCACGGGUCACGGGCGCCAGUGUCUGAACGGUAGCGAGUGCCGCGACGACUGGCACGGCCCCAACAACGGCAUCACCAACUUCGACAACUUCCUGUUUGCCAUGCUGACCGUCUUCCAGUGCAUCACCAUGGAGGGCUGGACCGACGUGCUGUACUGGAUGAAUGAUGCGAUGGGCUUCGAGCUGCCCUGGCUUUACUUUGUCAGUCUGGUUAUCUUUGGCUCCUUCUUCGUCCUGAACCUUGUUUUGGGAGUGUUGAGUGGAGAGUUCUCCAAGGAGCGCGAGAAGGCGAAGGCGCGUGGAGACUUCCAGAAGCUGCGUGAGAAGCAGCAGCUGGAGGAGGACCUGAAGGGCUACCUGGAUUGGAUCACGCAGGCCGAGGACAUCGACCCAGAGAACGACGAGGACUGCGACGAAGACGGCAAGCGCAACCGUGUCACCUUAGCCGACCUCACUGAGAAGAAGAAAGGAAAGUUUGGCUGGUUCACUCAGUCUACAGAAACACAGGCGAGCAUACCCACGAGCGAGACUGAAUCCGUGAACACGGAGAACCCCAACGGAGAGGAGGGCCGCUCCAAAUGCUGCGGUCAGAUAUGUGGCGGCUGGUGGAACCGUUUUUGCCGCAGGAAGUGCCGGGCGGCGGUGAAGUCGGUGACCUUCUAUUGGCUGGUCAUCGUCCUGGUGUUCCUCAACACGCUGACCAUCUCCUCGGAGCACUACAACCAGCCGGAUUGGCUCACUGAAGUACAGGACGUGGCCAACAAGGUGCUCCUGGCCAUGUUCACUCUGGAGAUGCUGGUGAAGAUGUACAGCCUGGGCCUGCAGGCCUACUUUGUGUCGCUGUUCAACCGCUUCGACUGCUUCGUGGUAUGCGGGGGCAUCGUGGAGACCAUCCUGGUGGAGCUGGCCGUCAUGUCACCGCUGGGCAUCUCCGUUUUCCGCUGUGUGCGGCUGCUGCGCAUCUUCAAGGUCACACGGCAUUGGGCGUCGCUAAGCAACCUGGUGGCGUCGCUGCUGAACUCCAUGAAGUCCAUUGCCUCCCUGCUGCUGCUGCUCUUCCUCUUCAUCAUCAUCUUCUCCCUGCUGGGCAUGCAGCUGUUUGGGGGAAAGUUCAACUUCGACGAGACGGUCACCAAGAGGAGCACCUUCGACAACUUCCCCCAGGCCCUGCUCACCGUGUUCCAGAUCCUGACGGGCGAGGACUGGAACCAGGUCAUGUACGACGGCAUCAUGGCGUACGGUGGCCCCGCCUCCUCGGGCAUGGUGGUCUGCAUCUACUUCAUCAUCCUCUUCAUCUGUGGAAACUACAUCCUGCUGAACGUCUUCUUGGCCAUCGCCGUUGACAACCUGGCAGAUGCUGAGAGCCUCAACACGGCUCAGAAAGAGGAAGAGGAGGCAAAGAAGAGGAAGAACAAUGCCAUCUGUACAAUUGCUGACAGGAAGAAAGUAGAGGCCCAAGCCAGAGAGCAGAGAAACCAAGGUAAGAGAGAGCUGAGAAGCCAGAACCAAGUGGCGGUAGAGAGUGGACUGGAGGAAGAUAAAGAGCCAUACCCUACUUUAGACACUUCGGCGUGUGAAGAGGAAGAGGAGGAGCUACCAGAGGUUCCUCCGGGGCCACGCCCCCUCAGGAUGUCCGAGCUCACCAUGAAGGAGAAGACUCCGCCCAUCCCCGAGGGCAGCGCCUUCUUCAUCUUCAGCAGCACCAACCCGUUCCGCGUGCUCUGCCACAAGCUCAUCAACCACCAGAUCUUCACCAACCUCAUCCUCGUCUUCAUCAUGCUCAGCUCCGUCUCCCUGGCCGCGGAGGACCCCAUACGCAACUUCUCCAGACGCAACUUUAUACUUGGUUAUUUUGACUAUGCUUUCACCGCAAUCUUUACUGUUGAGAUCCUCUUGAAGGUAAAUGUGGCCGGCUGUGCUGUG